ACCUGUAUUUCCUGACAUGCACAGAGCCGGGCAACAGAGAAGAAGCUGGGAAGCUUGAGCUAUUGUCGUCCUUUUUUUAACACUCGCGUGGUUUUGUUCGCUCACUAGCCAAGUGAUCACGACUGCAGCAAUCUACCAGAGAAGGAAGAAUUUGAUUUCACUGGUCGAUAGCAUGACUGGAAAAAGCAAAGAAGAGAAGGGAAGAAGAGGGAGGGCAUGUGUUGUAGUUUUAGGCGACGUAGGCCGCAGUCCUCGAAUGCAGUACCACGCUCUUUCGCUCGCCAAUCAGGCUUGCCUGGAGGUAGACAUUCUCGCAUAUGGAGGUUCGGAGCCUCAUAAUGCUAUUCUUGACAACAAAAAUAUUCAUAUUUACCGAAUGAAACAGUGGCCGACAUCCCGUCAAAGCUUACCAAAGAUACUUCAGCCCAUAAUUCUUUUGUUGAAGCCAUUGGUUCAAUUUUGUAUGCUUCUUUGGUUUCUUUGCAUAAAGAUACCUAGGCCUGAUAUCUUUAUAGUCCAGAAUCCUCCUUCAGUUCCCACGCUGGUAGCUGUUAAAUGGGCUAGCUGGUUGAGGCAUUCAUCAUUUGUCAUUGAUUGGCAUAAUUUUGGAUAUACACUGCUUGGCUUAUCCCUUGGAAGGAGUAGUCAUUUUGUCUCUGCAUACAAGUGGUUUGAGAAGCAUUAUGGGAAAAUGGCAGAUGCUUCUCUAUGCGUAACAAGAGCAAUGCAGCAUGAAUUGGACCAAAACUGGGGAAUUAAAGCCACGGUUCUGUAUGAUCAGCCUCCUGACUUUUUUCAUCCUGCAUCACUUGAGGAGAGGCAUAAGUUGUUUUGUAGAUUAAAUAAAGAUCUCUGUCAGCCUCUUGGCAUUCGAGAUUGCAUUAGUAAUGGAACUGCAUCUGUGGAUAACCGUUGGCAAAAUGAGACUCUAUUUACAACUGAAGUUGGUUCAAGCAUAUAUUUGAAGCCAAACCGGCCUGCACUUGUUGUAAGCAGUACGAGCUGGACCCCGGAUGAAGAUUUUGGUAUUCUCCUAGAAGCUGCAGUUAUGUAUGAUAGACGUGUUGCUGCUAUAUUAAAUGAAGAUGAUUCAAUUGAUGAGGAGAUCAUCUGGAAAGAUAUAUCCAACGCAAAGCAAUGUUUAUAUCCGAGAUUGUUAUUCAUCAUUACUGGUAAAGGUCCAGAAAAAGAAAAAUAUGAAGAGAAAAUAAAGAAGUUACAUCUUAAACGUGUGGCAUUUCGUACCAUGUGGCUGUCAGCUGAAGAUUAUCCACUGCUGCUGGGAUCAUCUGAUUUGGGUGUUUGCCUACAUACUUCAUCAUCAGGACUAGACCUUCCUAUGAAGGUUGUUGAUAUGUUUGGUUGUGGAUUGCCUGUUUGUGCUGUUUCAUACUCUUGCAUUGAAGAACUCGUUAGAGUAGACAAAAACGGGCUUCUCUUCUCUUCAUCUUCAGAGUUAGCUGACGAACUCCUGAUGCUCUUCAAGGGAUUUCCUGACCAAUGUGAUGCUUUAAAGGUCUUAAAAAAUGGGGCAUUAGAAAUAGGUUCUUCAGCAAAGUGGACUACAGAAUGGGAAGAACAUGCAAAGCCAUUGAUAACCGAGGCUAUAUCAAAAGUUAGAGGUUAAGUGCAAUCAGAAGUUACAGGUUCUCUUCUGCAACAAAAUAGGAAGGGAGAAAGUAGCAGGGGCCCAAACAUCUGCCUGUUGUUGACUGAGUAUAACAGUUAUAAAGGGAUCUCCUUCAGUGGAAAAAUUAAGCUUUCUGUUAUUUUAGGGCUUUCAUUUCGGAGACUAUGUCAAGAACUGAAAAAGAGAAAUUUAAAAAUUUUGAUUUAGGAAUUUGUACAUUUGAAGUUUAUGCUUUAGCAUUUGGAGUUCGAGGGUUGAGGCUUUUUGUUAUUUAUCUUUCUUUUCCCUUUUUCCUUUUUUUUUCCCUUUAAUGAGAAGCAGUUAUCGAGGAAAAACCAAACACUUUUUAUACAACAUAAUGGAUCAUUUUGUUUGUGUGCUUCUGUAUAUCUAAAUGUUAGGAGAAAAUUUCCGUGCAUGUAUGAAUUAACAUAUUUGUUA